AUGCCCCUCGACGCCGCCGCCACUCUGCUGCACUUCUCGGAACAUGGCGAAGCAGCACCACCACUGUUGGUACCAUCUCCCCCGCUGUGUAUGCAAACGCACCGUGCGUCCACGUUUUUGCUUGCCCCCACGUCCUCCCCCCCGCCCAUGACGAUGGGUUGUGGUGUCGGAUGUGGACUAGUCCCAACGCUGCGAGCUCGCUUGUUGUAUCCCCCACGUCCUUGCCGCGGCUUGCAAGUGGGCGCCAGUCGCGGCGGCAUGAUCCCCGCCGGUCGGAUCCAAUCCAAGGUUAGAGGCAACACGCUAGCGGAAGAUCAGCACCCGCUCGCUUAG